ACAUAUCCGUGCUCCAGUGUUAGUGGGAUUCCAGUUGUGUUCACAUCCCCACACUCACAAACAGGCUCUCGGUUUGCUGUCCCCACAUCUCCAACUUUUAAAUGUGGCGAGGGAUGCGCAACUAAAGACCGGCGCUGCUGCUCAUCCAGAAGUGAACCAUCCCAGAGGUCAGGCACAAGAAGAAAAAAACAAGGAGAGAGUUUGUCCAACUUCAAGGCAGGAGCAAAUCCAACAUCAAGAACGAAAAUGGUGUCGGCUGGACUGGAGAUCGUGGGACUGUCGAUGUGCGUAAUUGGCUCUCUGCUGGUGAUGGUGGCGUGCGGGCUGCCCAUGUGGAAGGUGACCGCUUUCAUCGAGGCCAACAUCGUGGUGGCGCAGACGAUCUGGGACGGCUUGUGGAUGACGUGCGUGGUGCAGAGUACGGGCCAAAUGCAGUGCAAGGUGCACGACUCCGUGCUCGCCCUGAGCCACGACCUGCAGGCGGGCAGGGCGCUCACCAUCAUCUCCUCCGUGCUGGGCGUGCUGGGGCUCAUGGUGGUGAUCGCCGGGGCGCAGUGCACCAACUGCAUCCGCGUGGAGAACGUCAAAGCUCGGGUGGUGAACGCCGGUGGAGCCGUCUACAUCGUGAGCGGGCUGUGCGUGCUGGUUCCUCUGUGCUGGAUGGCCAACAACAUCAUCUCGGACUUCUACAACCCGCAGGUGCCGUCGUCCCAGAAGAGGGAGAUCGGCGCCGCGCUCUACAUCGGCUGGGCGGCCGUGGCGCUGCUGCUGAUCGGGGGGACGCUGCUGUGCUGCUCCUGCCCCCCCAGCGGGAACUCGGGAUACUCGGUUAAAUACGCACCGACCAAGAGAACCACGCAGAACGGGGACUAUGACAAGCGGAAUUAUGUGUAGCUGCAUGCGCAGGGCGCGCAGCGCAGCGGGCGGUGCGUAAAAGUGGCACGCAGCUUUUUCAAAAACUGUUUUUUUUUUUUUUAACGGACGUUUUCUUUGCACCUGAAAGAAUUUUGUUUGUUCGUUUUGUUUAUUUGUUGUUGUUGUUUUUAGAAAUCUGAACUUUGAAAUCAAUGGAAGCCUUAAUGCUAUUUUUUACACUGGUCUUUCAGUAUGUUCGGGCCACAAAUUAACGCAUCCUUUUCGUGUCUGCAGGAGAUUAAAAAAAAAAAAAAGACUAUCAUCUACAAGAGGUAGCUCAAGACAAAAAGGAGUAUCUUUGUUAGGUACCUGCUUUUGUAAGUCUUCUAAAUUGUUAGUGUUUUCGAUUGUUUGGUGUUGUAACUACAGUGUUUUUUUUUCCUUUGUCGUGGAAGUCUUGCCACCGAAAAUAUACACUGCUCAUUUUCCACAAUGUGCAAUGUCAGCACAAAGUUGUAAAGAAACUGAGAAUGGUUGCGCUCCCCACGCAUACAAAGACCAAUUUCCUUUAGGGGAACUACACCGCCAUCUUGACAACAAUGUAUAACAAUUAAAGACAAUACUGAGAGGAAAAGUGCACUCAUAUUAAAGCCUUAAUAACUCGGACUGGAUUUUGUGUGUACGUGUGCAUCUCAGAGGUUGAAUACCUGGGUCUCUGAACUUUGCUGUCUACUUUUGGACCUUUAGAUUACAGAGACCCUCGAUGAACACGCCUUUAUUUUUGCCGUUUUGAGCACCUACAAAGUUGUUUUUGUUCUUUUUUGUCGGUUUUUUUGUGUGAUUUUCCGUGCAGGAAAGUAUGUUUCUUCACAAAUUCUAGGAAUAAACUUUGUUUUAUGUUGCUGUUUUGAAGUUUAACGUAAUGAUUCCAUAUCCAUGUGUAUGAAAUGCAAUACUGUUUCAUUUUAUUAAGAUUAAACUGAAUAUAUUGUCUAAAA